GUUAAAAAUAGCAUACCUUUAUUUCAUAGCACAUCAUUUUCAUUAUUAAAAGUGAUUUGAACGAUAUCUGUGGUUUAUGGGAUAUGUAGGUAAUUAAGUAGAUGUGUAAUAAUGAAGGAUAAGAGUGUAUGAAAAAAUGUGACUUGAGAGUGACGAAGAAAAAGGAAUAAAAUAGAAGAAAUUUUAGUGCUAAUUAAGGAAAAAAAUAAUAAAAAAAUUAAUAAUAGAAGUUAAGAAAAAUGCAGUGGGAAGAUAGUAAGGAAAAAAUGUCAGAUAGUCCAUUAGAGAAUCUAAGGAAUUCAAAAGCAUUAAAGCAAAAAGGAAAACGAGCAAUUGCAAGUACAAUUCAUCAAGAACUUUCCGCAAAUGGCUACUCAGAAACUUUAAAUGUUAUGCUUGAUGAUCUACUAAGACCCGAUAAAGAUUUCAAUGAUUCCGAUAUCAUCGAAUGGUGCAAAUGGAUUAUUGCAAGUGGAAAAUCACCCAACGAUUUCUCAAGUCAAGUUCGUAGUUAUGAUAAUCAUGCAAAAUGCGGCUUAGUUUGGGUACCACACGUCGUAGCCUAUCGAUGUCGUACAUGUGGAACGUCGCCUUGUAUGUCAAUAUGUAGGGAUUGUUUUAAGCGAGGAAAUCAUAAGAAUCAUGACUUUAAUAUGUUUCUGUCACAAGCUGGUGGAGCUUGUGAUUGCGGUGAUACAUCAGUCAUGAAAGCUGAAGGAUUUUGUAGUGAUCAUGGAAUAGAUAAUCGAACUAAUAAAGGUCCAGUGCCACCUGAUUUAAUGUGUGUCGCUCAAGCAACAAUGCCAAGACUACUUUUGAGAUUAUUACUUUACUUUCGUGAUCAUCACAGCAUAAGAGGACAUUCUUAUAAUUAUGAGCGAACAGCAAAGGAUUGUGAUGAUUAUUGUAGCAUGUUGAUGUACUUCAAUAAUAUGGGGGAAUUAAUGAGACGGAUUAUGACGCGAACAUUAAUCGAUCCUGAGAUGUAUAAGAAAUUAGUUCAUCCACCAUUCUCUAAAAAUGUCUAUGGUGCAUACAUGACGAGAAGUAAUCAAAAGUAUGAGGAAGCAGUUAGACUAUUUCCAUGUCCAGAGCCACCUGCUGAGUAUGAAAAAUUACCAGCUUUGGGGAAGCAACUCGUCCAUAAGACACUCCUCGAAGAAUUCAUCUUUUGGACAUUUAAAUAUGAAUUUCCUCAAAAUGUUGUAUGCUUUCUACUUAAUAUGCUUCCUGAUCAAGACUAUAAAGAGCAUUUGACACGAACAUUUGUGAUGCAUUACAGCCGAAUUCCGAGUGUUUUAGAAAUGUCUGAAGAUCCAGACACAAUGAGUAAUCGCGUUGUUCAUGUUAGUGUGCAAUUGUUCUCUAAUGAAGCGCUUGCUUUGAAGAUGGUUGAAGAAUUAAAUUUGCUCCAUGUCAUGAUCAUUAGUCUUAAAUCUAUGGUAUCAAAAAUCUUAAUACCUAAUACUUUGCACGAUCCCGACAAGAACUUUCAUUACGUCGUCGAUUGUGCCAAGAAAGUAAUGCGAGAGCAUUGCUAUUGGCCAUUAGUUUCUGAUUUUAAUAAUGUUCUGUCGCACGAACGAGUUGCUCAAGUAUUCCUUAAAGACGAUAAUCUUAUUGAUAUGUGGUUCCAAUUCCUGUCUAUGCUCCAAGGAAUGAACGUGAACAUUCGCGAAACAACGAGUCAUGUCGAGUUUGAGCCAAGCUCAUAUUAUGCCGCUUUUAGCUGUGAAUUAGAAGCUAGCGCAUAUCCAAUGUGGUCAAUAAUAUCGCAUUUGAAAGACAAGAGCUAUGCAGAGUUAUCGAAAAAGAUAAUGAACUAUUUGGUUAACUAUUUGCAAGAGUGGCUUGAUGCUGUUAACUUUAGCACGCCACGAAUUGAAAAAGACGAAAUGCUGCACGCCUCGUUUCAUUUUCCAUUACAUCGUUAUCUGGCUGCUUUCUUAUAUCAAGCUGUUAAGACAAUGAAUAUUUCAUUAAAUGACAUUCUACCAGAACCAGAGACGAUAAAAUUACUUAUGAUGCAUCCAUUGCGUGUUCAGAGCUUAUUUUACGAGGUCUUAUCAGGAAUAUGGGUCCGAAAUGGAUUGCAAAUUAAAGGACAAGCAAUGACUUAUAUUCAGGCAAACUUCUGCAACUCAAUGGUCGAUAUGGAUUUGUUCUUCCUUCAAAUCUGUGCAACUCAAUUGCCAGCAAGUUUCUACUUGACAUCGUGCAUCGAUAGCUUUGGUGUCAACGAAUGGUUCUUCCAAAAUCUUACAUCAACUCAAGAAAUGGAGCAUGACUCGAUGAUGGAAGGAAUGUUGACAUUCUUAGCGACACUUAUAACAUCUCGAACGAAUUUAGGAAAUGAUGAAGAUAUGAAGUGUAUUGUUGAAAUAAGUGCUCUAUUGACGACUAGUGAUAAAACUCAUAGUCAACUAUUAGAAUUAAUGCCUGAACGCUCAGGAAAUCCAUAUGCAAAGAAUUUUGAAAAGUACUUAAAGCUUCUAUCAAGCUAUCGUCCACCGCCAGUUGGAUCUGAGAAUUUAGAACAAGGGCUUUUUAUUCCCUUGCCAAUUGUCUGGAAUAUUUAUUAUGAUCCAUUGCAUGUGCUGUUGAGAGCUGUCCAUAGACGUGACUUUCAAAAUUCAUUGGAUCGAUUUAGUGCAUACGUAACGCAACAAAAUAAAAUGCCAAAAAGUGGAAACUUAUGGCCACCAUUUCGACUUCCAAAUGCUGUUGGUGCUGGAUAUACAGAUCCAUCGUGCGUCUUAAAUACUAAAGUGUUUCACUCAAUUAUCUUAGGAAUAUUAUAUCGAGCUGUGAAUGUACGUAAUGUUAGUGAACAUUUAAUGGCAUUAGCAAUAUUUUUAUUAGAACUUGCUGUAACGAAAACUAAUAAGGAUACAGAAAAGUCGACAUUAGAAUGUAAUCCGAGAGCAUCAUCAACAUCGUCAACGUUUAACAAUAGUAAUAUGGAUCAGCAGCAUAAGGACAUACCUGACUUAUUUAAUUGUUAUCCAGGCAAUAAUUUAUAUGAGAAUUUAGCAUUACAUGUUACAACAUUAACAUUAGGAACGAAUGAGACACAAAACUCGCCAGCAAAUUAUCAAACUCAAUUUGAUAGUGAUAUUGAAUGGGAACUAUCGGAAAGUGAUGCGAUGCCAAUGCUAAUUGGAAGUGUUGAUCAUGAUUAUGCCUAUAAUGGUGGAUUAGAUGUAGCAGUUCCACAAGAUUUAUCAAUUGUACGUGAAAAUAGUGAAGAUUUAUCAUCGCCACCAGUUAGAACGAAUCAAUUGUUACCAAUUAUGAGUUCAGAAUCGUCAGUAGCUGUUGUAGAGUAUAGUAAUAAUGCAGAACCACAAGAAGAGCAGAGACAACUUGCAAUAAACUCAACACCUGCUAUUAGUGCUGGAAGCAAUAAUAUGGAAUUAGUUGUAAGACGUGAAACGUCUCAAAGUGAAGUAAUUAGUGAUGGUCUUAGACCAAAUAGAUCACCUCAGGAAUUAUUUUACAGUAGCGGAACGACAAACAAUAUUUCUGGAGUAAUUUUGCCAUUUAAUCGUGUUCAACCCGUUGCUGUGCCCAAUCAAGUUCAGAGUAUGGAUGUCGUUCCAUCAGUGUCAACAAGCACGACUUUCCGUAGACGUAUGAGAAAUCUUGAGUCUCAGGAUUCGACAGAUGCAAUAAAGAUUGAUGAUAGCAUUUUAUCACUAUUAUUAAAGCUACAUUCACAAUUGAGUGGAACGCUUGAUAGUUUCUCAUUAGAAGAUGAUGACGAUGUGAUAAUUAGUGAUAAUGCAGCAGCAGCAGCAGAAUCAAAUAGUAGUUCUAGUCACCAAUAUCCAAAUUCAAUUGAACCGAGAAUCGGUGAUGGACCUUUUUUCAUUGGGAAUUUAUUGAGAAAAAUUGCACGUGUCGAUGAGAAAUGUGCACAAAAUAUCAAUGAAAUACGUCAACGAUUGUGGCCAAAUCAGCGAGAACGACAAGCUGAGCAGAAAGCUCGAGAGGCUAAGGAAAAGGAGGAACGUACGAAGAGAGCACGCGAAAGACAACAAAAAGUCAUGGAGGAAUUUGCAAAUAAACAAAAGCAAUUUAUGGCAACGGCAGCAAAUUUAAUGGAAGGAAUUGAUGAUGAUGAAAAUGAUGUAGAGGAAGCGCGUGAGAAGGAAUAUGAUUGCAUUAUUUGUAAUUGUACAGGUCCGUCGACAGAAUCAAAUCCAAUUUGUCUUGUUGUUCUCGUCGAGUCAAGUAGCAUUGUUGGACAUCGUAGAAAAUCUCCUAGUCGUUUCCCUCUACCGGUUUGUGAUGAAGAUAAGGAAAUUCCCGGACGUAAUGUUCGCUUAAGUAGCGAGUUUAGAAAACGUGCUGAAAUAUUAGGUCGUAAAUAUGGAACGCAAUGGUUCUUGACCCAUAAUAUAUGCUGGGAAGGUGGAGUUCAUGUUCAAUCUUGUGGACAUCAUGUUCAUCUUACAUGCCAUGAAUCGUAUCUUAAAUCUCUGGCUCCAACACGACCUCAAAACCUUAAUAUUGAACAUGGUGAAUUCUCUUGUCCACGUUGUCGACAACUCGCUAAUUCCGUAUUACCUCUCAGUCCACAACUUGAUCGUCCCACAUCGGUUAUUAGAAAUCCAGCACCAGAUUUUGAUCGUCUUUGUGUAGAAUUAAUGGAAUUAAUUAAAGACAGUCGUAGACCAAAUACAACGUCAAAAUUGGAAGAAGCAAUGGUAACAGCAAUGGAAAGUAUGACAAAUAGCACAAGGAAUAUUAAGAAAUAUCAUGCAGAAGCGCUUUAUCAAAAUCCACCGACAAAUGAAAGUUUAUUUGCUUUCGUGACAUCUGUAGCCCGAACAAAUCUCGAAUCGGAAGUGAUUCAGAGAGGAGGAUCAUUAUGUACUUACAACGAUAUACGUUAUCGUCCUAAACGUGAAUGUAUUGUUCCAUUAUUACAUGUUUUAUCAUUUCAUGUGAGAUUGAUGAUAAAUAGCAAGAAUUAUCCAUUUGGAAAUCAAGAAUGGUCUAUGGAUAGGACAUGGGCGUCAUUGUGUGGAAUUACCAAUGUUGAUUUCUCCGUGCCAGUGCCUUCAUAUUCGAGUGUUGAUAAAAUGCCAAGUCUCAUUACUGAUCCAUCUGCACAAUUAAUUAAAUAUCUAUUAUUAGCACCGCUGCAACUAGAUCAAGCAUACUUUACUAGCAUUGUCAAAGUAAUGUAUAACUUACUUUAUUAUCAAAUUGUCCUGCAAUUUUGUAUCCGUUUGACGGAAGAGGAAUGUGAAGAAGUGAUUAAAAAGUUCUCAGAAGCACCGAAAGUGGUUGAAAAUGGAGUUCCGAAUGUGGGUACAGCAAUGGCAUUGGUGUUAAAUAAUUUAGAUCGUUGUAAGAACUUCCGUCAAGAUCCAUACGAAAAUGAAUUUGAAUAUGACGAUGAUGAUAUAGAAAUGAAUGAAGCAGGAACUUCAAAAGUGAAUGCGACAGUUGAAAUGAAAGACUUGGACACAAAGCUUAAAGAGUUUGAAUUGGAAUUACAGUCACUUUGUCUACCGUAUUUACGUAAUGCAGCACUUUUGCGUCAUCAUAUUUAUCAUCAGGAAAUGCCUGAAAUUAAAGAACCGAGAUUGGAAUUUGCACGGCUUGUCUACUUCCUUGAACUUGUAACGAAAAGUAUGGAUUGGAAGAGAUUUAAUGCAUCAAAGGCUUUAUGCUUUGCUAAAAAUAUGGAACUAUUCUUACCUAUCCAUUGGUGCCAAGAACUAAAAGAAUCACGUCCACCGCAUGACACAACUCGAGAAUUAAUUGUGAAUCAGCAUUUAGAAUGGCAUCAGCCACAAUUAUUAGCAUUACCUCGUGAAUAUGAGAGACUGUUUACGUAUUAUUACGAACAAGCAUGUCUUAAAUGCUCAAAUAUACCAAAGGAGAGUUCGAUAUGCUUGAUUUGUGGUAAAAUUGUUUGUCUCAAACAAAUGUGCUGUAAGGAACAGGAUUGCUGUGAAGCUGUUAGGCAUGCAAUAACUUGCGGACGAGGAACUGGUGUUUUCUUGGUCGUUACAUCAACAUUUAUCAUCAUUGUUCGCGGCUCAAGAGCUUGCCUGUGGGGAUCUUUGUAUCUUGACGGAUAUGAUGAAGAGGAUCGAGACUUAAAACGCGGAAAGCCUUUAUACUUAUCCAAUGAUCGCUUCAAUUUGCUGGAAUCUCAAUGGUUGUCACAUCGCUUUGGUCAUAUAAACCGUUCCUGGGUUUUUCAUCGCGAUUCAUUGUAAACGAAUAGAAUAUUUUAAAAUAAUACGUUGUUUAUUAUUUUUUGAGAAUUUCUUAUGCGAAAAUUAAAUGUGAUAAAUUAUUAAACGGCUCAAUUAUGAAAAGAAAUUGAAAAAUUUGAAGAAAUUGAAAAAAAUUUGAUUGACAUUUUUUGGAUUAAUCUUUUAUUCCUAUUAUAAAAAUUAUUAUUAUUAUCAACUAUUAAUAAAUAAUCCAUAUUAUAUUACAUAGUUAUGUUUUCUUCAAUGAUAUUAGAUGCACAAUAAUCAUUGCAG